UUUGACAGUUACGUAUUUAUGUCUAAAUUCUAGAGUCUAGUAGCCAUGUUGUUGUGUAUAAGGAUGUCUUAGGAUGUGCUACGCCUUCUAGAUAUAAUUACAGUGUUUCUUCUCUAAAAGUGUGAAGAAUUCUCUACGAAAUUAAUAUUUAUUGAAAUAGUUAUACUUUUCGGGGUAUUGUGCUUAUGUUAAUUUAAUAAAGUUGUAAUUGAACACACGUGUAGUGAAUAGGAUCUAGAGGUGAAUGAUCCAAAUGCAUAUGCAACUAAACAUUGAUUUGAACUAGUUUAUUUGCGCGUGUUAAUCAUAAAAGACUGUUUCAACGCGUGUUCGGUUUGGAAAACUGUAGCAUUUGUUGUUGUUUUUGAUUUCUCUUACUGAAUCUUGUCAUCUUGUACCCUCAGUCGCUAAUCAAGAAAGUUCAGUCCAUUUCGUAGGAAGGGGAGUAAGCUGAAGUCAACUAUUCUUGCGAAUUCAAUAUUUUCGUCAAUUAUGAGUAAAUUAUGUGGCCUAAAGCAAAUUCCCGAAGUGUGUUGGAAAUUUCGCAGAAUGUCAACAAAUUAUUGAAACCACUCGAAAUAUGUUGUGUUUUGAUUGACUGUUUGUUGUGUCGCCAUCUUUGUCUGUUUUGGAUAGAAAGUUCCCGUGUCUCUGAAAGCACCAUUCCAUUUGGCCUUGGAAGAAGGUUACUGGCCCCAAGCACGCGGGAUUGUUUACCCCAUGAAAAUAUGGAAAAUAGUUUUUAAGGUGGACCAGCCGAUGCAAACCCCGGCUGGACUGUCGAUUCGGCCGCGGGUGGAGAAAAACAAGGGGGAUACUUGACUGCAAGGUCUUUCUCGUGGUCCAUGGCGUGGCAAAAGCAUAAUAGAACAAUGCUUAUGGAUAAAAACAAGCCUAAAAUGCCUGUAGCAACUGGUGGUGGUGGAGACCCUUCUCGUAACCAAAGGCGACAUGUUCCUCUUUAUGGAAGAUUGGUUGCCAUUGAUAAUUUGGGAUUGUCCCCAAUUACAUCGUCUUCAACUGAUAUUCAAGCCAUGCAAGCUAGAAUACCUCACACUUUUAGAGAUUCCUCAUCAGCGCCUCUCAGGAAACUCAGUGUCGACCUAAUUAAGACUUAUAAGCAUAUAAACGAGGUGUACUAUGCGAAAAAGAAACGAAGAGCUGUCCAAAUACAAGGAGAAGAUACCUCAAACAAAAAAGAAAGAAAAGUAUACAAUGAUGGUUUCGAUGAUGACAACCAUGACUACAUAAUUAAAAAUGGUGAGAAGUUCCUGGAGAGAUACGAGAUUGACUCACUCAUUGGCAAAGGUUCAUUUGGUCAAGUAGUUAAGGCCUUUGAUCAUGGUGAACAAUGUAAUGUCGCUAUAAAAAUCAUUAAGAAUAAGAAACCAUUUCUGAAUCAGGCUCAGAUUGAAGUUAAGUUAUUGGAGAUGAUGAAUCAAGCCGAUUUGGAAAAUAAAUAUUAUAUAGUUAAAUUGAAAAGACACUUCAUGUGGAGGAAUCAUUUGUGUUUAGUAUUCGAAUUAUUGUCCUAUAACCUGUAUGACUUGCUUCGAAACACUAAUUUUCGAGGCGUAUCACUCAAUCUCACUAGGAAAUUUGCACAGCAGCUUAGUACAGCGUUACUGUUCCUCUCCACACCAGAACUGAACAUCAUCCAUUGCGAUCUGAAACCUGAAAAUAUACUUUUGUGCAAUCCCAAAAGAUCGGCGAUCAAGAUUGUUGACUUUGGAAGUUCUUGCCAACUGGGUCAGAGGAUAUAUCAGUACAUUCAGUCAAGGUUUUAUAGGUCUCCUGAAGUACUUCUGGGAAUUCCUUAUGAUUUAUCGAUAGACAUGUGGUCAUUGGGUUGCAUUUUAGUUGAAAUGCAUACAGGAGAACCUUUAUUCAGCGGUGCCAAUGAAGUUGAUCAGAUGAACAAAAUCAUAGAGGUUCUAGGAAUGCCUCCCUUCGAACUACUGGAAGACGCCAAUAAAACAAGGAAAUUUUUCGAAAAAAUACCCGGGGAAAGAAGGUUUGUAUUGAAAAAGACAAAAGACGGUAAAAAGUACGAAUCUCCCGGAACACGAAGACUGCACGAUAUAUUGGGGGUUGACACUGGUGGGCCUGGAGGAAGGAGAGCAGGGGAAAUUGGACAUACGCCUGCUGACUAUCUCAGAUUCAAAGAUCUUAUUCUACGCAUGUUGGACUAUGACCCCAAGACUAGAAUCGCCCCAUAUCAUGCUUUGCAGCACAAUUUUUUUAAACGUACUUCAGAUGAGGCCACUAAUACGGCAAAAAAUGCCAGCCCCAACUUAGCAGUUUCUUCUCUGGAUAUGUCUGUAGCAAACAUUUCCAACAGCCAACAUGGAAUAAAUAUGGUUGGUCGUUCAAGAGAUAUGUUUGGGGCCCCUUUUCAUAGUUCGGGAUUUGUAGCAAUGGACUGUGACCCUUCCCCUUCGCGACAUUCACAUAGGCCAAGAUAUCAAGCUCCCCCAAGUCAUGGUCCCACGUCUCUUCAGUAUGCACCUUACCCAGGAACUAAGAUGGAGAACACCCCCCAAAAAAGCAAUCAAGCACCGAAUAAAGGUUCUCAGAAUAAGCCUCAAACAGAUAGGGACGAAAGUCCUAUGGUAUGCGUGCAGAGCCCAGUAAUUAUUCACUGAAAAAUUGCUAGGAACAAAGUGUUAUCGUUUCCAAACAAACUCGAUGUGAAUUGUGAUUUUCAACCAAAAUGACGAUAACCUGCUGGUUUUUAAUUUAGGCAAUAUAUGUGUUGAGUGUUUUAAUGUUGAUUUAUUAUGAAACAGUGAAAAGUAAUUUUUAGCAUUGAACAAUCGGUGACUGAAGACUUGUGCUAUGUAGUGCUCUAUUGCAAAUGACACUUAAUCAUAUUACGAAUAAUUUGAUUUUCGAAAAAUUUUAUUACAUCAAUUAAGUGAAUUUAAACGAAGGUAAAUUAUGACUAGUAUUGAAAUAAAUUAUAGUAAAUGCAGA